CGAAAAGAAAUCUCCCUCUGAAAACGCUUCAUCCUUUUUUCCGGCUCCUCAGCCCACGGAAAAAAAACGCCUAAUUUUCUCCUACCGCUCCCUCGACUGGGCAAAACCUCUCCAUAAAUCACGCUCCAGCGCCGCCGGCAGCUGCCCAACUAUUCGGCAGCGCAACGGUGGAAUCCACCUCCUCCUGAUCCCCCCGCUAGAAGACUUCAACAAAAUUCGGAGAUGCAUUCCUUUGGAUUCCGUGCCAAUGCUGUGCUGACGUUUGGGAUCACCAUCCUCGCGUUCAUCUGCGCGAUGGCGUCGGUCUCUGAUAACUUCAAUUCUCCCCGCCCAUCUGCCGAAAUCCAGAUAUUGAACAUCAAUUGGUUUCAGAAACAGCAUGGGAACGAUGAGGAGAUCUUGUCCCUCAAGUUAGCUGUAUCGUUGGAUCUAAAUGUUGAUGUAGGCGGAUGGCAUGAAGUGAACAUGCCAGAUAGAAGGUUAUGCAAGGUUUGGGAUGUAGUUCCAAUCUGCCUGUUCAGUCCAAUUGAUGUAACUGCUGUUAUGGCCAGUCUUACGAUGAAUAUAACAGCAGAUCUGCAGUCACUCUUUACAUGGAAUACGAAGCAGGUUUUCGUAUUUAUAGCUGCAGAAUAUGAAACCCCAAAGAACGCUCUGAACCAGGUUUCACUUUGGGAUGCUAUAAUCCCAGCCAAAGAGCACGCCAAGUUCUGGGUUCAGACAGCGAACAAGUAUCGCUUCGUUGAUCAGGGAAACAAUCUCCGGGGUAAGCAUUUCAACCUGACAUUGCACUGGCAUGUCAUGCCCAAGACUGGCAAGAUGUUUGCCAACAAACUAGUCAUUCCGGGAUACCGCCUCCCAGAAGAAUACAGAUAGAACUUCCCCCUAGCUUUAGCGAACUGAAAGUUGAUACUCAUUGUAGGCUGGUCCAACACUUUGAUGUUUUAAUGGCCAGUUUAGUUUCUGAACGUUACAAACAACAGUAUUGAUCCCAAGCUGGGUAAUCUUUCUCCAGACAUCUUACAACAGUAAACUGGUUUGAAAAGCAAGAGAAAUGGCCAUGUUCACUCAGGCUGCUUAACAUUGAAAGUUAACGAUCUGAUUCUUGGGGCUUUAUGGUUAUAGAAAGUGAAAGCUACUAUGUAUGUUAUAGCUGUAAAUAAGCUUGACAAGUAACAAGACACUACCGCCUAUGGACUCUGGAGCUAACUUGAAAGUUGAACUGUUGAAGGUCAAGAUCAUACUAACUUCCGCAUGUUAGAAUGCUAAACAAACUUAGCAAUCACAUGGUGGAGAUUCAUGCCAGAAACGCUCUGUAAAUGAAGAACUCCCCAAUCUUCACUUAUCUGUCAACUCCAGAAAUGCCUUCUCUUCUGAUCACAAACUCGCACGAUGAAGGAGCCAAAUGUGGAGCAAAAACAAGAUGAAGCCAUCUUCUUGUCGUCCGAGAACCAAACCCUCCAUCUUCCUCACUUCGUUCCACCGAACAAUUAUUCGCCUUCUCAUCUUCUUCCCUGGAAAGGAAAAGCCUUGAGUUCACACAAUUCGACCAAGCCAACCCUAAAGCGGGACAAACCCUCCUCCCAGAAGAAUACAAUUCCUCCAAAUUCCCAAUCUUUAACCCGUUCAUCCCAUCCCCAACGUAAUCCACCACCUGAUUAGUCACCACCACAGCUAAUCUAAACCUCGAGGCCAAGCUCUUCAGCUUCCCGGAUAUCUUGAAAAACAGUGAAGAUCUCUUCAUCAAGUCGAUCGAGGUGUUAUCGAAAUCAGACCGGAACAAUGCCGCGAUGGAGUCGAUCACGAUCAGCCUGACGGGGAACUGGGUUUGUGAAUUUUGGAGAAAAGACUCCGUCUGGGGCAUUAUGUCGAGCAGUUGGUCGGCAGUGUGGAUGCUCUGCACGAGUAUGCCAUCCAUCGGAUCGUAACGUUGGUCGCGGCCGGUGGCGAUGAGGUCUUGAAGAUGGUGGGCGUGGAACUGAGCGGCGAGCUGGUGGAGCCGGCGAGUGGGGAAAGGGAACUCGGAGUGGAGGUAGAUGGAGGAGGCGGAGAGGCCGCCGAGUGAGGGUGGGAGCUGGGCGAGAAGGGCGAGCUGUAGGCAGAGUUGGGUCUUGCCGGAGCCACUUUCGGCGACGAUUUCGGUGAUGGAUUCGCAGGGGAUUCCGCCGGCUAGGCAGCGGUCCAUCACCGGGCAUCCCAGAGUCAGCUUCUCUGCCGGCUGCGGGCGGCGGAGAAGGUUCUCCGGCGCCAUAAUCGGUUGGAGGGAAAAUUGGGGAAAUGUCUUUUGGGUGUGUUUUCAGAUUUCUCGUGUUUUGUUUAAACUGGCACUUGCCACCAGGCCGUUCUUUCGGCCUACUACUUGGCGUGGAUUGUGGAAGAGCUGGCCCAACACCGGAAGAAAAAGAAACUCAUUCUUCCAAUCAUGGGACCGGCGCAUUGGCUCACCAUCCCAUCUCUUGAGGUUCUUUUGUUUUGUGGCCUAGUAGACCCCUUUCUAUGCUUCCCUUUUCUUCAGGGAGGGCGAUUUUCUUGUCCAGUUUCCGCGUUCAUGAUUGAAUAUUUAGAGCAAACAUACACGAGAAAAAAAUUGUCAUACAACUUUCAUUCAUAUAAUGUGAAUGAUCAUAUACUCUCAAUCGUUUAAAUCGUUGAAAGAGUUUAGCAUAAAAAAUUAUGUAAUUCCUUCAAUGUGAAAAUUAAUUUAAUUUUGCAUGAACGUGUCAUGCAAUGUCUGAACUUUGAACAGAGCAAUUCGAUGGAUAGAUUCACCUCAUUCUUCCAAUCAUGGGACAGGCGCAUUGGCUCACCAUCCCAUCUCUUGAGGUUCUUU